UUUCGUUUACUUUUGGUUAUAAGUGUUUGUAAUCUUCCACAAUGAGAGUAUUUAUAAAGCUUGUGCUUUUUAGAAAACCGUACACAAUUUGCUACGUAACGAAAGAUGUUUUCAUGUUACCAGAUGAACUGUAUUACAAAGAAAUCGGUCUAAAUGUCGGCGAUUGUUAUGAUGAAAUAGGAACACUAACAUUACGAAGAAUAAAAAGGGUGAAAUAUACUAUCAAUGCUUUAUUCUUACAACCAUUUUUAAAAGAAUGUAUAAUUUUUGAUGCAUACAGAUAUAAUGUAGUAAAGAAUAUUUACCACAAAAUUAAUCAUCAGCUGAAUGAACCAAUAUUUUUAAAACUUAUUUUGGAACCGCCGGACCAAGAAAUUAUUGAUUAUGAAUGGAAUAACAGAAUGAAUUAUCUGAUAUGGACUAGGAUUGAAAUAGAAAAUGCCUUCUCCUGGCUGUCAACACUCGGAGGUGCUUAUUCAGCUUUGGGGGAUUAUUUUGAACAUUGUGCAGAAGAAGCUGGAAGAAUAUCGUUAAGACAGUACAAACUUUCAAGACUUUUGGGUGAUGAUGGACUAGCAGCACGCAGUAAGUUGUAUUCCUCAAUAGCAUACGCUCAGAGAGGAAAGCUGAAACUUGCAAGAUAUAUAGUCAGAAAUAUAGCUGCAUUUGCAAGACAGACUCAUGAUAGACGACUAAACCGUAUGUGCCAAGGUGUUUGGGCAAAGCUAAAGUAUUUACGGACAUUAAAACAACUAUCAAAGGUGAAAGAAGAAUUUAAUAAUAAACCGGUUGUAAAUAUGGUUGGCAGAGGUGAUGAAAAAUUUGAAAUUACUCAAAUGGUGUGUGUAAAGUGAUUUUUUGUUGUAAUGUUUUAUACUUUAUAGGUA